AUAAGAUCGUGUUCAUAAUCUCUGCGCCUGCGGUUGUACCGCAUUAGUUGUAGUGCGGUAGUGCCACUAUAUGUAAUGUAAGGUUGCAAACUUACAUACAAUAACAAAGCAGAGUAUUAUUGAGUGCAGGGAAAUGAUGAUGGAUAUCAAUGGGAAACCAGCUCUCCUCGGCUACCGCAUGCCUGCAGAGUGGGAACCCCAUUCACAGUGUUGGAUGGGUUGGCCUGAGCGUCCAGAUAAUUGGCGGGAUGGUGCGUUGCAUGCUCAACGUGUCUUUGCCGAGGUCGCAUGCGCCAUCUCAAAAUUUGAGUCCGUUACUGUGUGUGCAAGUGCUGCUCAGUGGGUUAAUGCACGCACUAUGUUGCCUCAAAAUAUAAGGGUCAUAGAGAUGAGUAUGAAUGACUCUUGGUUCCGUGAUACUGGAUCAACUUUUGUCAUAUGUGACAGCACGUCGUCAUCUGGAUAUUCAGAGCAGAAGGUUGCUGGAAUUGAUUGGAAUUUUAAUAGUUGGGGUGGUGUUGAAGAUGGUUGUUACCAGGAUUGGAGUCUUGACCUUCUGGUUGCCAGGAAGAUUUUGGGGACGGAGAGGCUUCCAAGGUUUUCAAAUUCUAUGAUUCUUGAAGGUGGAAGCAUCCAUGUAGAUGGAGAAGGGACUUGCCUCACCACUGAGGAGUGCCUUCUAAACAAGAACCGGAAUCCUACUAUGACUAAAGAACAAAUAGAGGAUGAGCUUAAGAUGUAUCUUGGUGUCAGGAAGGUUAUAUGGUUGCCUCAUGGAUUAUUUGGGGAUGAUGAUACUAAUGGUCAUAUUGACAACAUGUGCUGCUUUGUGAAGCCUGGUGUGGUCCUGUUGUCAUGGACUGAUGAUGAAUCAGAUCCCCAGUAUGAGCGAUCCUUAGAGGCAUUUUCUGUUCUCUCCAACUCCACAGAUGCCAAGGGAAGAACAUUAGAAAUAAUCAAAAUCCAUAUACCUGGGCCACUUUAUAUGACAGAUGAAGAGUCAGCUGGAAUUCAGGAAGUUGAUGCCAAACCAAGACUAGCUGGUACAAGACUUGCUGCUUCUUACGUAAACUUCUAUAUUGCCAAUGGAGGGAUCAUUGCACCAGCAUUUGGUGAUAAAAAGUGGGAUGAAGAAGCAUAUCGUGUCCUCUCUUUGGCCUUCCCAGAUCAUGAAAUUGUAAUGAUAAAAAAUGCAAGGGAAAUUUGUUUGGGAGGUGGGAAUAUACAUUGCAUAACGCAGCAGCAACCAACCUGUCAAGCAGCAUCAUAAAAUGUGAAUGGCAUAUGAUGGGAGUCAUGGAUAACUCUGUACUUCGAGACGAAUAAGCUGUACCAUUGGCUAAUGCAAAUGUUUGCUCUUUUAUGUUAUUAAUUUUGUAAUUAUCAUUAGAAAACUUCAGUGAAAAACACUGCUCUUUUUUAUUUAUUUGAGAUGGUUUAGCACCUAAGCUAAUGUUAUUUGGGAGAAAUGAUCUUUUAUGUAUUUUCUGAGAUAUCAAAAACCAAAAACCACUUGCUAAUUUGUUUCUCAAAAUAAAUUUGAAGAGAUAAAGACAUCAAAUUGUGCUUGGAUUGA